ACACUCUCAAUGAGACUAAAACCGACAUACAUAGUCGUAUAAGUUUGGCAACAUAAAUUUUCUUUUUCCCCUCUUUCUCAUCUCAAUUUCUGAAUUCGCUUGAAUUCUAUCAAUCUCAUCUUCAGCUAUACAUACAUCUUCAUCUUAUCUAGAGAAGAAAUUCACGCAUGGAUUCCGCAAAAUCUCAAACAUUACAAAUCUUCAUCCGAUCACUCAACCCUAAAUUCCCAAAUCGUACCCUAACCCUAAAUCCAACCCAAACAUGGGGCGAUCUUACGAAAUCCCUAGUAUCAUCAUCUUCUUCUUCAAUUUCUCCCCUCUUUUUCUUGUCAUUCAACGGAAAAACCCUAGACGAAUCCUCCACCAUCGCAAGUUCCAAAAUCGCCGAAUUCUCAACCAUAAACCUCCACUUUAAGCUCCUCGGCGGCGGCGGCGAUGGCGGCGCAACUGGUGCGGAAUCAAGAGAUUGCUACUUAACCAUGUACGCCGAAAAGAAACCAGAUAAAGCAGAUCCUAACGAGAAGCGGCUCUCGAAGUGGACAACUUGCGCGCUUUCUAAUGAACCAUUGAAUCCACCUUGUGUGAUUGAUCACCUCGGCAAUGUGUUUAACAAGGAGGCAGUUGUUAAGGCGCUUCUCGCCAAGAGUUUGCCGAAACCUUUUUCGUUUUAUAUAAAGGGGUUGAAGGAUUUGAUCCCUGUUCAAUUGUAUUGUGUUGAUGGAUGUUUUCAGUGUCCGAUUUCGGGGUUCGAGUUUAAUGGUAAUUAUAACUUCUUUGCUCUGCGGAAAUGUGGUCAUGUUUUUAGUGCUAAAGCGCUUAAAGAGGUUAAGUCUUCAGCUUGUCUUGUUUGUCAUCAAGAAUAUGAUCAAGUGGAUAAGAUUGUCAUUAAUGGGAGUGAUGAUGAGGUUGCUGUAUUGAGAGAUAGGAUGCUGCAGCUGAAGGCUGCUAGUAAACAGGUUAAGAAGCCGAAAUCGAAACAGCUCAACUCCGCUGUUGAUGUUGGUGUUGGUGUUGGUGUUGGUGUUGAUGUUGGUGUUCCCUUGGAUUCGGAUUCUGCUGCAGGUGCUCAGUUGAGUGGCAAGAAGCACGCGAUUGAGGAUGCUAAUAAACUCAAGGAGAAGCUUCCUGUUUCUGUUGCGGCUACUACCAAAGAUAAGGAUAAGGAUGGUUCAGCUAAGAGGUUUAAAGCUGUUGAUAAUGCACCUGCGAAUGCGAAUAAGAAAGUUUAUGCUUCUCUUUUUACUUCUUCUAAGAAGAAAUCUGAUUUCAGAGAGACCUAUAGUUGCAGAUCAUUGCCUUUAGGUCGAAAUUGAUUCGUUGCAAUAUAUUCAUGAGAUGCUAGAUUGUAUGAUUGGGAUUUUAUCUUUGUCUCUAAGCCAUCUCUUACCUUGUUAAGAGGGUCUGCACACUACGCUGGUUCUUCACAUAGCGCGCAACAUUGGCACAAUAGGACUGUAGGAGUGACAGCUGCCUCCGCUGGCUGGUUGUGCCUAAAUCCUUGCGUUGCCUUACGUACCUUAUCGGGGCGUAUUACAGAAAGAUGCAGCAGCUAUUGGCUUCAUGAUGGCUCCUAAUUCAUUAAUGAACUCGGUCUUCGUGUUUUGUAUGUCUAAGCUUAAGAGGCUCCAUCCCAUGGCAAGGAAAAGUAUGUCUAGGGUGAAGAAUGUCUUCCUUGUGUAUUAAAGUAUGGAUCAGAAUUUUUUAAGAAAUUCCUCGCCCAAUUUCAAGUUUAGUCCUUCUGGUGACUUUAUAGUUAAAUCAUUGGGCAAUAUAAUGGGGAGACAUGGAAAUUUGAUUGUGAUUGGAACAUAAGUUGUUUCUUUUGUUUUUUUGCCAUUUAUGAGGUCCUGAAUUUUAGUUAUUUUGUAUUUAGAAUUGAUUUUACAUGUUUGUACUAAAAGUACAUGUGAAUUAUGACGAAAAUACAAGGUUUUCUCUUCUA